CAUUCCGAGGCAUGGAAACGGUGUAAAAGAUCUGCUGAGCGGAAAAGCUAUCUGAACAAAUCCCAUCCAGCGGGCAGCUCUGCAGAUCAUCAUCUUUUCUCCCGUCCAGCCUCUUCAGCCUCUUCGCCUCCUCUUCAGGACAAACAAUCCAUUGUCCUCCUGUUCUCAAAUUCGUCAUCCCCGUUCUCUCUCGCACUGACAUCUUCACGCCUCCGCCAUGGGUAUCUUCAAACGCAAGGACUCCAAGAAUUCCAUUCAAGAGCAGAAAGACGAUCGUGAUUCUUUCGUUUCCGUCAACAGCGCUCGGACUUCCAAUGCAUCCUUGCGAUCUCCCGGCUACAAGGGAAGCGGGCUGCCCUCUUCCAUCCCUGAGCUGUCAAUCGCUGGCCCACCGGAUCCAGCCCUAGAUCCAGCAGCCUACCUACGCAGCAUCCAUGCUGUUCGACAGAGAUCACACAUUAUUCUCAGAAAGGCAAAGAGGAAUCAGCUUAAUCAUUUCGAUGUUGACAUGACCAAGUUCGCCGAAACGGCGUCGUAUGUGGUGUCCAUUAUCAAGAGAGACUACGCGCCCGAUUACUCGUCGAUUCCUCCUCAUGGUCGUUGGCAACAUUUUGACGUGGGUGGAAGACCCCGCGUCAACCAAUUGCUUCAGUCCUGGCCCAGCACUAUUGACGCUCAGGAACGCACUCGACGAUUGAUCGAUCUCUUCGUAGUGUCGGUGCUUUUGGACGCUGGUGCAGGCAACAAAUGGUCCUACAAGUCCAAAGAGUCCGGGAAGAUCUACUCGCGCAGCGAGGGUCUUGCGGUAGCCACGCUGGAGAUGUUCAAGAGUGGGCUUUUCAGCAGCGACCCUACAGAACCCUGCCAGGUAGAUGGAGCGGGGCUGAAGAAGAUCAAUGUUCAGGUGUUGGCCAAAGCGUUUCAGCACUCAGAGACAAACCCACUUGCCGGUAUUGAAGGUCGCGCUGGCCUUCUCAUCAGGCUUGCGGAUGCACUUAACCACCAAGACUUCUUCGGCGUGGAUGCAAGGCCAGGAAACAUGCUUGUUCUCAUGGACGGCUUCGCUUCAAUCUGGCCUCCCUCCCGGACGAAAAUUGAUGGCUUGUCCAUUGGCGACGCCUGGCCGUGUUCCGCACUUCCUCGAUCCCCUCCAGCAAAUGCCUGGGAAAGCAUUGUCCCAUUUCACAAGCUCACCCAGUGGUUGUGCUAUUCGAUCAUGGUUCCGAUGUCGAAACUUAUGAAGAUCCACUUUGCUGGCGCUGAACUCCUCACUGGACUCCCCGAAUAUCGGAAUGGCGGUCUCCUAAUCGAUCUGGGGCUGCUGACUCUCAAGCCGGCUGAUCUUGAGCGGGGACUUGCAGCCUACCGAGACAACGCGCAGAUCAAAGGACAGCCUAGCAUGGAAGUCGUGCCUCUUUUCUCCGCCGAUGAUGAUGUGGUGGUAGAAUGGCGAGCACUCACUGUCGGCUUUUUAGAUGACCUUCUGGAGGAGGUUAAUGGGCAGCUGGGCUUGCUUGGAGAAGACCAAUUGACACUGGCCCAGAUGCUUGAGGCCGGAACAUGGAAGAUGAACCAGGGUGGUCGUGAAAUCGCCGAAGUUUCGCGGCCGAACACAAAAGAGCCGCCUAUCAUGAUCCGCUCCGACGGCACCGUAUUUUGAUUUAACCUUAUUCCUGCAUUCUUGCCAAACUUCCGUUUAGAUACCAGGCGCCAGCGUGAUGUUAGAAUAGCUGGUGGUCAUUUACGAAGUUUAACGACCACGGUCCAUGUGUACGCUUUUUAUCCUUUUUUUCACCCUUCCAACCACUUUGUCUUCGCUAUUCCCCCACUUCAGUUCAUAUUCCCCGCUUCAUUUUCUAUCUUCUUGAAUCUAUGCACUAUUAGUGUAAAUAACUUCUUUUCGGCGAGUUGUAUUCUUGUAUACUCCUUCAGGAACCGAGGCAAGAAUGGUGGCUUUGCUAAUUUCGGACGGAUCUGGCGGCAGCGACAUUUUGGGACUAGGUUGUGAUAGCCAA